UUAGUAUUUAGUAGUUCCUAGUUAACCUUCAAUGCGAUCAAUUAAUUAUAUAUUUACAGCAAAAAGAGUUUGUUGAAUUUAUAUAUUCACAAUGUCUCAAGAAAAUAAAGGUUUUUUUAAAAAGUUCCACGACACAAUAAACCAAGGAAUUGACGACGUGGCACGGAAUAAUUUCGCUAAUUUAGAAUGCAACGCGAAGCGUGCAUCCUAUUUAUGUAGUCUCCCUGUUAUUAAAAGCUACGAUUUAUCAGCUGACGUAGUGAAAUGCCAAGCCGGCGGCGAAUUCCCAGUGAAAAAAGACGUGGUAAAAGCCAAACAGCUGAAGGAUGAAGGGAAUAAAGCAGUCCAGAAAGGUGACUGGGCCAAGGCACUGGAAAUGUACAGCCAGAGUAUGAUAUUUAUGCCAAAAACAGAAACUGAAGAACUAUCCAUAGUCCUAGCCAACCGGUCGGCUGCAUUGAAUCACCUACUGCAGUAUGAAGACGCUCUGGCAGAUAUCCAACGGUGUUUAUCAUUGGGAUACCCCCGGCAUCUGCAGUAUAAGGUCUAUGAGAGAAAAGCAAGGAGUUUACUCGUACUGAAAAGGAAUCAGGAGGCGAUAACUGCUUUCCAGAAUACCAUUAGCGCUCUAGACGCAGCAAAUAAGUUAGAUAAAGAGAAAAGACAGAAAAUUGCCACAGAUGCCAAACUUAUGCUGGAAAUAUUACAUAAGGGUUUAGUGUUAGCGGGAAAUCCAAAGGAUCCAGAACCUUUGAACAAAUUGGCCCCCAAACCCAAGUUGCCAGGAAAGCAUAACGUGAAAUAUCCCGCAACAUCGGAUGCAAUUGAAAUAACAAAGAGUGAUGUUAAAGGAAGAUUUGCGAUAGCCUCAAGAGAUAUUGAAGCUGGAGAAACUCUAUUAGUCGAGAGCCCCUAUGGUAGUGCUUUGUUAAAUGAAUAUUCCAGGAGCCAUUGUCAGAAUUGCUGUAUUAAAUGCCCAAUACCGGUACCGUGCCCUAAAUGUCCAAACGUGAUAUUCUGCAGCGACAAUUGUUUGGAAAUCGCUCAAAACUCAUACCACCGUUAUGAAUGCCAAAUCCUUCCACUGAUUUGGAAAUCUGGAUGUUCAAUCACCUGCCACAUAGCGCUUCGAAUGAUCACGCAAAAUGGAAAGGAAUAUUUUAGCAAUAUCAGUAAAGAUCUCGAAACUGCAAUAACCGGUCCAUAUAAGACUGAAGACUAUAAAAAUGCAUAUAACUUAGUAUCUCAUGAAGAUAUACGAUCUAAACAGGAUUUGUUGCACAGAACCCAAAUGACGAUUUUCUUAAUUAAACUAUUAGAAAUUAGCGGAUACUUAGAGGGAAAGCCAAAGGAUACAGUGGAUCUAAGUGAUAUAAAAUCAAUGUCAGUUGAUGAGAAAUACAACGGCGACGUCGGCCUUUUCGGAGCACUUAUAUUAAAAAAUCUACAAGUUUUACAAUUUAACGCUCACGAGGUGUUUGAGGUACAAUGUCCGAAACCGGAAGUUGGAAAAAAUAUUAUAAAGCACACAGGAACUUCCGUUUUCUUAGCUGGCGCUUUAUUUCCAACUCUUGCUCUUUUUAAUCACUCAUGUGAUCCUAGUGUAGCCAGAUAUUUUUGUGGUUCCAAAAUCGUUGUACGGGCUGUUAAGAAUAUAAAGAAAGGCGAAGAAGUAUCGGAAAAUUAUGGACCUAUAUUCACGACGGUACCAAAAGAGACAAGACAGGCAAACCUGAAAAACCAAUACUGGUUCGAUUGCCACUGCAUACCCUGUCAACAAAAUUGGCCGACUUAUCAGGAUAUGACUGAAGAUUAUAUACGGUUCAAGUGCGAUUCUGAUAAACCAUGCACCAACGUAGUACCAGUGCCAUAUGAUUGUAAAGAGUUUAUGGUGCAAUGCGGUCUCUGUCAACAGUAUACUAAUGUAUUAAAGGGACUAAAGUCACUUCAGGACACGGACAUGAUGUACCGUAUUGGUCGUAAUGCAAUGGAUGAAGGCAAAUACGGCGAUGCAAUGAAGAAGUUUAUUGAAGUUCUAAAAUUGUAUGAUACAACAUUAGCACCACCAUACAAGUCAUACUAUGACUGUGUACAGGAUCUGAGACAUUGCAUCUUAGCCAUGGGAAAUUAUAGUAUAGUUUAAUUAAAUUUGUCUUGUUAUUAUAAAAUGUUUUAAGGCUGUAAUCGUUGAUUUACUUUAUUUUCAUAUAUUAAGGGUUCCAAAGAGGGGAGAGCCCUCCUCAUCACCUGAUGAUAUUACUCAACUAAUAAAGUAAAUAGGAGUGGUGAACAUUUUUAAAUAUUGUUGUUGUCUUCGUUGAGAGUGAAUAUAAUUAUAACAUUAUUGUGUUUGAGUACAUUUAAAAAGUUUACAUUAAUUUAAUUUUUUAUAUUAUUACACCGAAAUAAAUGUAUAAAGUACUCAAGUUUGUUUUGUAUCAUCUACCAGA